AUGUCUCAACAACCGGCAAACUCCCAAGGCACGAUGUGGUCCAAAACCAAAAACAUCGGCAAAAAGAACUUCGACAAAGCCUGGGGCGCCCUAGACAAGCUCGGCGCGCCUGUCAACCGCCUCACCAACAAACUCGGCUCCGAAGCCUUCUGGCCAAUGACGAUAGACAAAGAAAGCGAGAAGGUUGCUCGCAUUCUGCGUAGCUUCUGCAAAGACGGAGUCUACGUCGAAGAGUCUACAGAGCCCACGACCCCACCAGCCAACGGGAAAAACGCAUCCAAAAGUCAAAUCGACAGGCCGCGUGGAAAACCGAAGGUGCUGCAGAAGAUCCCAUCCGAGGUUAUUCGACAGGCCAAGGGGCUGGUGAUAUUUACCGCAAUGAGAACAGGGCUAUGGUUCAGCGGUGCUGGGGGUAGCGGAAUCCUGCUGGCCAGGAUCCCGGAAACUGGCGAAUGGAGCGCUCCCUCUGGUAUUUUGCUGCAUACAGCCGGACUGGGGUUCCUUGUUGGUGCAGAUAUCUACGACUGUGUCAUGGUCCUCAAUACAUACGAGGCGCUGGAAGCGUUCACAAAGGUCCGCGUCACCUUGGGCAGUGAAGUCAGCGUUGUGGCUGGUCCUGUCGGGAUAGGAGGAGUGUUGGAAUCGGAGGUGCACACGCGUCGGGCUCCCAUUUGGUCAUACGUCAAGAGCCGAGGGUUUUACGCCGGUGUCCAGGUGGAUGGAACCGUUGUUAUCGAGCGGAUGGACGAGAAUGAGCAAUUCUAUGGUCGCAAGAUCCCUGUGCAAGAUAUCCUGAGGGGCAAGGUCUGGUCUGACCAUCCCUCGGUGAGAAUGUUGAUGCAUACGAUCCAUUCGGCGCAGGGCGACAAGCCUUUCGACCAAAUGCCUGCUGGUAUGCAGGUUCCUACCGGGCCAACUCCUAGUGACUAUGCACCAGAGGAUCUUGCACAUCACCAGGGGGCAGGACUACCAGCAGAGCUUCCGGCAGGGCCACCAACGGGAUUCUCAACAGGGCCACCGGCGCCACACAGUGGCGGGCUAGCGAACGAAUAUUAUGCCAGCGGGGCAAGACAAGGACCCCCGCCUAGAUACUGCUAG